AGAGGACGGGGGAGACCAGAGGGCCACCGGGCGAACGAAUGGUACUCGUACUAUACCCCCAGCCGCUAGGAGCCUAGGAGCGUGCACGGAAACGUCCGGACGGCGCCAUCGCCGUGUCGCGUCACCGCGAUCGCACCCCCUCCAUACAAAAUCCCUCCACCCAUCGACACCGCAACCACCACCACCACCGCCCCGCCAUCGCCAUGCGCCCCCGCCGCCGAUGACGCCGCCCCCGUCGUCCCAGCCCCUCCUCCUGCUCACCCACCAGCUCCUCUCCGCCGUCUCCGUCCUCGUCCUCGACCUCCUCGGCCCCUCCCCCGACCCCGACGCCGCCCGCAAGCGCAGGCGGACCGACGGCGACGGCGACGAGGCCGGCCCCGCGACCCCCGUCGCCCCGCCUCCUCCCCUGCCCCCGCCUUCGCCGCCGCUGCCGCUGCCGCCGACGAGCCCGGACCACUACCCGCUGGCCUUCCGCGUGUCCGCGCCCACCUUCCACUACCUCUCGGGCCUGCUCGACCCGCUGCUCUCCCACCCCUCGCUCCCGUGCCCGACCCUCCUCGCGCUCGCCCUCGCGCGCCUCGCCUCCGGCCUCCCCUACCCGGCGCUCGCCGCGCUCUUCCGCGUCCCGCCCUCCGCGCCGCGGGCCGCCUCCCGCCGCCUCCGCCGCGUCCUCCUCGCCAACUUCCGCUUCUGGCUCGCCUUCCCCUCCGAUCCGGCCGGCGCCUCCUCCUCCCCGCUCCCCUCCUGCCGCGGCGCGCUCGCCUGCGCGCGCUUCGCCGGCCCGGGCGGGCCCCUCGCCGCGCAGCUCGUCGCCGGCGCCUCCUCCCGCAUCCUCUCCCUCGCCGCCGGCUUCCGCGGCGACCGCGCCGACCUCGAGGUGCUCAGGCUCUCGUCCCUGCACCAGGAGCUGGAGCAGGGGAAGCUACUCAACCCCGCGCAGUACCUGGUUGCGGAUGGAAACGGGUACCCGCUCCUCCGCUGGCUCAUGCUGCCCUUCGAGGGGCCUGUCGUGCCCGGCUCGCCGGAGGCCCAUUUCAACACUGCCCACAAGGCAAUGUGCCGCCCGGCGAGGCGCGCCAUCCGGAGCCUGAUGGGGUGGGGCGCCAUCGCGCGGCUCCACGAGGAGGAGAGCCCUCGCGCCGCCGUGACGUGCAUUGGGACCUGCGCGAUGCUCCACAAUGUGCUGCUGGCGAGGGAGGAUUACUCUGCAUUGGCACCGGAGGAGGGGGAGGAAGAAGCAGAGACUGAUUUGGGGGCAAUGCAGAGCCGGAGAGAUCAUGCCGCAGAGGAAGGGUUCAAGGUUGAUAAGCGGGCAGUAGCGCUGCGGAGCGCAUUGGCAGCAACGAUGAAUGAUUGGCGGACGCCGGCCUAACACUGGUGCACUGCUGAUUGUUUAACAGGUCCUGUCAUUGUUCAUUCUUUUGGAUCAUAUAUAGUUUGUAUAGUGGUGAGUAUUCUGUUACAUUGGGUUCAUUAUUCUGUUGGCUGCUCAAUAAAUCAAGUAAUAAACUGGCUAGAUUGAUCCAACCUA